AACAAAGCAAUGCUACGGUGAGCAAGUGAGCGAGGAACCGAAAAAAGAAAGAAAUGUGGCGAUCACGAUCACAUUCACUGGAACUCUUGAGAAUGUUUCAGGUGAAAGCGGUGCAGAGAUGGAUGAGCACGGUGAUGAGUUUUGGAGAUGGAACCCACGGUGCUCUCGGAUUACCUUCCUCCGCCGUCGGUGUGGGACUCGACGCUUACGAACCUACCCCAAUUCCUUCUCUACCUUCCGACAUUGUUAGCGUCCACGCCGGUCACUACCACUCCCUCGCCGUCACUUCUCAAGGUCACCUCUGGGCUUGGGGAAGAAACAACGAAGCUCAACUCGGCCCUGGUUUUUCUUCCAGUAGAGAAUCAUGGAAUGAGCCGAAAAUGGUUGUGGGAUUGGAGAAUGUGAAGGUUUGUGCUGCUUAUGCUUCUGGUGUGGUUUCUGCUGCGGUUGGUGAUGAUGGUUCUGUUUGGGUUUGGGGGAAAUCCAAACGCGGCCAGCUUGGUCUCGGAAAAGGUGUCACUGAGGCUGUUGCACCUGCCAAACUCGAAGCGCUUUCAGGGGAAAACGUAGCAAAGGUUUCAUUUGGUUGGGGGCAUGCUCUUGCUCAGACUGUGGAUGGCAAGUUGUUUGGCUGGGGCUAUUUGGCAGAUGGUAGGAUAGGCAAAAUGGGGAAUCAAUUGGAGGAAUCUCCAUUGGAUUCCGCUGCAGGCACGGUUUCGGACUUGGAAGUUGCUGAAAAGAGAGUCUUACAAGGGAUGGAAAAGGAGAAUGACAUGCCAACAGUAUGGGAGCCUCGUCUGGUGGAAGAACUGCGCGGUGUUCAUGUUGUCGACAUUGCGUGUGGGCUUGAUCACUCUCUGAUUCUUUGCCGUAAUGGCGCCCUCUUAAGCUGCGGGAGCGACGCGUAUGGCCAGUUGGGGCGAGCUAGACCGGAUUUGGGGAUUUUUCCGGUUGAUAUAAGCUUCAAGCCCGUUUCAAUAGCUGCAGGGCUUGGCCAUUCUUUGGCUAUAUGCGAGCUUGAUGAAUCGGAUAGUAGUGUGGGGACUACAAACAUUGCUUCAUGGGGUUGGAACCAGAGUUCUCAGCUUGGGAGGACAGGGCCUGGGAACCUACCCUCUUUGAUUGAUGCAUUGGAUGGGGAAAAUCCUGUUUCAGUAUCAGGAGGGCGUGUACAUUCGGUUGCUCUCACAGCAAAAGGAGAAAUGUGGGUCUGGGGCUCUGGCAAAAAUGGCAGACUCGGAUUGGCAAGUUCUGUUGACGAAUUUGAGCCAAUUCUUCUUGAUACUUUAGAAGGUUUCCAAAUUUUACAGGCCGUGUCAGGAUUUGAUCAUAAUCUGGUGCUAGUUGCUGGCUGAUCUGGCGUUGAAGUUUUUUAUUUUUCUGUGUGUUUGAGGUGGGGAGGAGAAUAGAUCAGACAAAUAGAAAAUAACAUAGGACGAGGGAGGAUAACAUAGGUGCCUCUUUUAGGUUUAAUCUUAACUGUGGAGUUUGGGGGCACUCCCUUUCCUGGGUCCAAAUGUAAAAUGUGCUGUUUUGUUUGUAAGUCUGUAGUCUUAUAUGUUGCUCAAGUUUAGACCUCAUCGAGGAAUUUCAUACUAACCCUUGAGAGUUGGUGAUUCAUGUUUUCCAUGAUAUAUAGUUUGACUUGUAUGAAUAAGUGCACUAAAUCAUGUAUAAAGGUGAUGCUAGUAAGAUCAUUAUGAGUUUAUGAUGAUAAAACAA